AUGUCGGCGGGCGUGGGGGUGCGGGAGCGUUUGAAGGUGGUGCGCAGCCUCUGCAUAGCGGGCGGGGCGGGCUGCGCGCGCGCGGCUCAUCUCGCGGGCCCGCCCCGCCGCCCGCGCCCAACGCCCCGCGGCGGGCGCUGCCCCCGAGCUGCAACAGCCGACCGAUCAGCUCCAGCCAACGGGGUACGCGCCGUCACUAUGCCUCGGCCGCCAUUGGAG